UUUGCAGUUGAGUGAGCCAGGGCUCGCGGCUCUAUUAUAUAACUUUAGAAUUCUCGCGCUUUUAAUGGCGCAUUAGCAGAACAUUGCGCCACUAAUAUGUCAAUUUCCUGCGGAUUUAUCUCGAGUUCUGUGCGCGAUCGAUCACUUUUUUCCUCCUGCCGGCGUUGAGCAUUAAAAAGUUAUCGACUGAUCCGUGAAACGGCGCAGACGGCGGAUCUCGCCAGCUCGAGCUGGGUCUGCGUCGGCUGUUGAUUUUACUGUUAGAAAUAUUGCGGAGAAUGUUUUCUUGCCAUACGGCCACAGAGGCGGCAACAGAUACAGCUGAUACUUCGCCACACAACAUUACUGCGACGAGGGGGCUUUAUUUAAGCGCUUCAUCUUGAGGACGCUGCGGCAUUUUUCACACUUUUCCCAAGUUGGACUAAUAAAAGAUGACCUAACCGGUGGAGUGCAUCUUGUUUCACUACAGGAAAAAGAAAUGGAUCAGGGUGGACUGAAGUGCAAUGGUAAUCGAGACGACAGCCUGACAUUUGCAGAGAUAGGAGGUACCGGUGACACACCUGGUUCACUGUUCCAGCCUGCAAUGCAUCUGGCUGGGUCUCUGCCCCCUGCCACAGUGCCCCCCAAUGGACAGGGUGGAACCAAAGGCCAGGGGGAGCUCGGUGGCCUCUUUGAGUCCCGUCAGCAUCAUGGUCUGGGUGAGGGGAUAGAAAUGAAGGAGGGUAAAAUGAUUAGAAUGCAGAAACAACAACAGCAGGAUAUUGGUAUAUUCAGCAUGGGGGAUAGCUUGCCAUUGUUUAACCAGUGUAUUUCUGAUACACCCACGUCUGUCAUCAACACCUCAGACACUUCCGUCCUAGGCAACCUUCCUCUGCCUGACCUUUUUUCCCAGCCUAUAAAGACGGAGAGCAUUCUUUCUCUGGACAAGGACUUGGGAGCUUAUAGUGGGCACACAGGCACUGGUCCAUGCGAUUUGGAUGGGAACACUGUUCGUCUUAUUGAGGAUACAGAGAUUUGGCAAGAUCUGGACCUUCCAAGCUCACUGCCAGAAAUCAGUGCUUUUGAGUUGGAUUCAGAAGUGGCACACUUGGAUAACAUUCUACAAGAGAGCACCGGUGGUGGCUGUCCUGUCAGCGGCUUGCCAAAGGAAACAAAGUCUCUCAUGGGUAAUGGAGAAAACUGUACCGGUGUGAAUGGCACAGAGCAGCAACACCAUCCCCUACACCCCCAUCAACAACAGCAGCAGCAGCAUCACCACCACCACCCAGUACAUCACCAGCAACAUCAGCCACAACAUCACCAGCCUCAGGCCCUUCUCUCCACUCUCAUCAUCAAGGAAGAGAAGAAUCCUGACGACUCUUUCAUCCAAAUCUGUACCCCUGGUGUGGUAAAACAGGAGAAGCAGGAUAGUGCUGGUUUCUGUCAGUCUCAGUGUCUCCAGAGCAGCAUCAGCUCUCUCCAUGGAGGAGGACCAGGUCCCAUGUCCUCUCCUGUGGGUGUCGGUGCAGGACCUGGCUACCACUACAGAGCCAACCCGACUUCAGCUUCAACAAUGGGCAUGCAAGACCAGAAGCCUUUUGACAUGUACUCAAACUUGCCUCUGAUGGGGGAUAGCUGGGCCCGGGGGAAAAGUUAUGGAGAGUCAUCUGGGAUUCAGCUCGGUGAUGAUAGGCUCACCUCCGUCCCAUCCUUGGCACCUUUUUCUGUUGGCUUCUCCAGUUCAUCACCCAGAGAAGGAGAGACCAGCAGCUCCGUGGUGCCUGGCCAAUCCAAGACCAGCGGGCAGACUCAUAAGAUCUGUUUGGUGUGUUCAGAUGAGGCCUCUGGAUGCCACUAUGGGGUGGUAACUUGUGGCAGCUGCAAGGUUUUCUUCAAGAGGGCCGUUGAAGGAUGGAGAGCACGACAAAACACAGAUGGCCAGCACAACUACCUUUGUGCAGGGAGAAAUGACUGCAUCAUCGAUAAGAUCCGCAGGAAGAACUGCCCAGCCUGCCGCUUCAGAAAAUGUCUUCAAGCUGGAAUGAACCUGGAAGCAAGGAAAAACAAGAAGCUGAUCAAGAUGAAAGUACACCGUCCCUCUGGGUCAUCAGAGCUCAACAUUAGCAACAUGCCUCUUCCAGUCAUACCCAGGAGCAUGCCCCAACUCGUGCCGACCAUGCUGUCCAUACUGAAGGCCAUCGAACCAGAGGUCAUCUAUUCGGGCUAUGACAGUACACUGCCAGAUACUUCCCCACGGCUCAUGUCUACUCUCAACAGGCUAGGGGGACAGCAGGUCAUCUCUGCAGUUAAGUGGGCCAAGUCACUACCAGGUUUCCGCAAUCUGCACCUUGAUGACCAGAUGACUUUGCUGCAGUGCUCCUGGCUCUUUCUCAUGUCUUUCAGUCUUGGCUGGAGGUCAUACGAGCAGUGUAAUGGCAGCAUGCUUUGCUUCGCCCCUGAUCUUGUCAUCAACAAAGAGCGCAUGAAGCUGCCCUUCAUGACUGACCAGUGCGAGCAGAUGCUGAAAAUCUGUAAUGAGUUUGUCAGACUGCAGGUGUCCUAUGAGGAGUACCUGUGCAUGAAGGUGCUGCUACUGCUCAGUACAGUACCAAAAGAUGGCCUAAAGAGCCAACCAGUUUUUGAUGAGAUCAGGAUGACAUAUAUCAAGGAGCUGGGAAAAGCCAUCGUCAAGAGAGAGGAGAACCCUAGUCAGAACUGGCAACGCUUCUACCAGCUAACUAAGCUAUUGGAUACCAUGCAGGAGAUGGUCGAGGGUCUUCUCCAGAUCUGUUUCUACACCUUUGUGAAUAAAACCCUCAGUGUGGAAUUCCCAGAGAUGCUGGCAGAGAUCAUUUCCAACCAGAUACCAAAAUUCAAAGAUGGGAGUGUCAAAGCUCUGCUGUUUCAUCAGAAAUGACUGCCUUAAACUGUGAAUCAAUGCCUUAAAUCCUGCCCUGCACAUAUCCCUCUCUGGGGGCCCCAAGCAUUUGCCUAUCCUGCCUCCCUCAUCACUCUGGUUCAGUUUCUUAGAUUUUCCUGGGCCUCCUCUAGGAAUUCUGCCACACCCCUCCAGGGCUCAGCCAUUCAGCUUAAUCUCGGAGCACAAUACCUGUGGCCUCAAGCCCCCUAUCCCAGUUCUACUUCCUAGUCCUGCCAGAAUAUCCUAUCACUGACUUGUAGCCCUUCCUCUUGGGUAGUCAAGAAUUUGACCUUUAAAUGUUUCUUGGGCUGGAUGCAUGUUGGGCAGUCUUUUUUCCCCAAGCCAUCCCCCACCAACUCUACAUCCAUGGCCCUGUCCUUGUAUUUUAAUGCUUACCUACAAUGGCUAUGUGCCUCUUAUUCUUUCAAGUCUCCAGGAUUUUACUGCAGUUUUCACCGAGAAGCUAACAUCUACAGUCCAAACACGGCUUCCUAACAGAACAUGACACCUGAUAUACUUUCCAACUUGAAAGGAUUAGCAGUUCAAGCCUAGUGUUCCUCUGCUCACAUGCCCAGCUUGUCUUUAUCCGCCCGUCCCAGCUUCACUGUGCAGAGAAUGUAGUGAGUGUUCACUUUAUUGGGGUUUUCAGGAGACCAUUCGCAAUGAAGAGGAUAAAUUAAAACCCAGAACAAUGGGUAACAUACUCACAUGAAAGAAUCCUCUUUUUUCUUCUCAAACUCUUUUCCCCUGUGAAUCAGUUACCUGUUCAGAAAUUAUUCAAAUCACAUUUCCACACCUGACCAAUGGGAAAAUUAAUUGGCUAGAGACAUAUUCUCUAUUUGUUUUAGGCACACAAUUCAAAUCACAGGCAGAAGCCACACACACACAGACACACACAUUCACUCAACCAAAUGUUUACACAGGAUGUAUCUGAGGGAAAACCAGUGCCUUUUAGUUUUUAAGCUCUUGAUAGCCAUCCACUCAAAGCUGUAGUUUUUUUGCAUAAGAAUUUGAUGUCAACAUCUUUCCACAUGUUUCUUCUGUUUCUCUAUUUCCACGUUGUAAUUUCUUUUUUCUUUUUUCUGAGCUGCCAUUUUGGUGUUAUUAAUGUCCUUUCUGUUCUAAUCUCCAGAUUUGCAUGUAGGAACACAAACUAUAGUACAGAUAAGUAUUAGAUGUUAAAAUUUGUAAUGCUAAAAGUUUAAGUUUUAUCAUAUUGCAAAAAAAAAAAAAAAAGAUUUUCAUAAUAAGUCCCAAAACAAAUUGUCUUUUUUAUCCAUGUGAAGUAUAUUAGAUAAUUAUACUGCCUCUCCCAGUCAGUAUUGAAUAGUGUUAAAAGUUCUAUUAACCAGAUUACCCAACAUAUGCAAUGAAUACACCUACAAAUAUUUUUUUCAUGACGAAGCUUCAACACACUUUGUUCAAAGCAGAUACUGCUUAAAAUUUAAAUUAAAGACAUAUCCAAUGUGAUGUGAUACUUGGGAGCAGACUGACUUCAAUUUUAAGAUUUAUAUCUUUAAAUAGUUUUAAUUGCAAUUGCAUUUGAAAAACCCAUCCAAAGCGUAAAAAGAUCCGGUGUCUGUUUGAAAAAGCGUCACAAUGAGUCAGUUAAACCAUCCUUUCAUUUUCAGCUGGAUUCAUACUGAGGUUGGUAGUUUAGUAAAUGAAGAACAUGGACAAAAGUACUGGCCUGUCUACACCUGCAGGAGCUGCUUGGCCAGUGAAGCUCCCGGUGCACAGUUUUUGUGCUGACCUUAAUAAGAGGUUUGGAACUCUUAUGCUAUUAAGGCAGCAGAGUGUUGGCGGUUUGUACCCCGCUCUGCCACAUAAAGGCUGAAUUGUUGUGGCCACUAAACACUUCUACCUUGCAAUAAUACCACUUACAGUUGAUGGUGGAAUAUCAAGUAGAGAAGAAAUUUCCCAACGUGGGUUGUUGCAUCAGUGGUGUCCUAUUACAGCACCGCACUCAUUCAGAGAGCUCUGUAAAGCACGACAUUUUCUCCCAAAUGUUUGUAAAAGCAAACUGCAAGUCUAAGUGCUGGAUUUUAUACACCUGAGGCAAUGGGACUGAAAACAUCUUUUGUCCAUAUAAUGUAGUUUCACACAAGUGUAUUUGAAAUAGGAGCAGACUCUUCAGAAAUCAGUGCAAGGGCAUAAUAGAAACUAUUUGAUAAAGUGCUAUGACCUCAGUUAGCAUGAGUCUUUGGAGGUUUAACUGACUCAAAAAAGGUAAAAAAAAAAGUAGUACUCAUGAUGGGAAAUGAAAUUAAAAUACAAGAUACCAUUUUGAAUUCAUAAUGCCUUUCAGUAGCUUAACAAACUUGCUAAAACAGGGUUUAUUAUAGAGUUACUGAGCCAACUUUGUGAAAGAGUUCAUUGAAAAAUAUGUUUAAAAAAUAUUCUUUCAAUAUAUUAGAUGUGAAUAUAGAUACCCAUAAUUGAUGAAACCUCUGGUUUCAAAAUGAUUUUCCCUCUAAAGCUGAAAAAGCUCUGCGGAUUGGUCCAAAUGAUUUGUAUAUGCAGGCUCAGGAUGUGAGAUACUUCACAUGUGCUCCACUAGUGCCAAAUGUAAUGUUUUUGUUUGUUUCUUUUCCUGGAGAUGUGAAAGAGUACUUGUUAUCUGACAUUAAGUGAUUGUUGUAACUUUGCUUCAGGGUGCUCAUUUAUAAAAAGAAAAGAAAAAAAAAAAAAAAAAAAAAGAUUUUUCAGUGUCACACCUACACCAGCUUACAAGUACUGAUUGUUAUCAUUUAACCCAGUGUAUGAUAGACCUUUUGUGAUUCACAAAAUCUUGUAUUUUUGAAUUUUCAAAGUACAUUUGUAAUGUGAAAACGUAUUCAUACCAGCUUAUGUGAUGGCCAAAGCAAAAUGCAGUGCAGUUGUAUGCUGGCUUCUGCUGGAAGUGUUAAACGUGCCCUUCAUCACCUCCUGUAGAAGCACAGUUACUUUCCUCUGUGUGUGUCUUGUGGCUGUCAGGCUUCUCUGCCUAAAAUGUCAACUGUAGAGAUUUUCAGCGGUUUACUCUGAACAGUACUCUGUACCCUCUGCAGCACAUAACUCUGAAUGCCAAUUAGCAGAGACCAGGUAAGCAGGUUGCCAUAGAGACUGGUCAUUUGUAUUUUAGUUACAGCUAACUGCACAGCAGGCCCUGGAAGCAUACAAGCCACUAUUGAAUAAGAGCCAUCUUUUUUUACAUUUUUUUUUUUUUAAAUGGUCUCUCGCUUCAGCAUUGUUUCAUUUACAGUGCAGGCUUUCAGCUCCACCUGCUAACUAUGUCGUGUGGCCUUGUGCUGUAAAGAACAUGGGCUUGUUGCUGCUCACGUCACUGUGUUAGUUAUUCUAGAGAAGUUCUGACUAAACUGUCUAUUUGGUCUAUUUGUUUGGGUAACUUGCAGACCGUAUUACAGUUGUUCCCAGGUGGUGGCGCUUCAGAAAACCAGCUUUAACAUGUAGAUGUAACCAUAUUCCUGCUCAUUUCUGAAUGGCUGUAAGUGCAUAUAGCAACGCUGACAUAUCUAGCGCAGUGUAAACAUCAUCCAUAAUGACAAAUCAUUUUUUUUGCUUUGACAUAGCCUCUGUGCACCUGUACAUUUUUCUGUGUGACAGUUCACCUUCAUGCUCGACUAAAGGCCUUGCAAAAGGGAGCCAGAGAGCCAUAGAAAUAAGAUUUCACAUCAGGAAAUAGAUAAACCCUUAACAUAUAUCAAUGCUUUUAGAGAUUGAUCUAUUGUAAAAACAAAAAAAAAAAAGAUAUUUUCUGUGAUUUUGAUUACAUCGGCUUAGUCCUCUUUGAUAAGACUAAUUUUACUCAGUCGCUUUUGUAUAUUGAAUGAGUCGAGAAAGUAAAUAUUUUUCUGUUUGUUGGUUUGUGUUUGAUAAAGGUAGACGUGUUGAAUACAUAAGGAAGUGUUAAACAUGUUUGUCUUGUGAAGUAAAUGUAAAUUCUAUGAGUCCAUGAAAAAGUCCACAUGAAAGUUCACUGUGUUUUUAAAGAUAAGGAAAUGAGGGAGAGGGGACGAGAAGGACUGGAGGAGAUUUUUUUUUGUUUAUAUAAGAGUGACCAAAGCAGAGGAGACAACAAAAAUUAACAAAAGAAGUAUUCAAGCAGUUACAUUUUGAGUAGCACUUACUAUCCAACUUCUAGUACUUCUUGUUUUAUUUUAAAGAUGUCUUUUGUAAAGGUCUUGGCUUUGGACCCCAUGUAUAUUUCUGUGCGGAUUUACCGGUCACUUUAAAAAGAAAAUUAAAAAAAAAAAAUUGACUCUCCAUAUGAAAGUAAAAUUUACCAGAGCCUGACAGAAUUGCACUACCCUGAUACUGUUUGCUAUAAUCUAUUUUGUAUAAAAUACAUGCAAAUAUUAUCUUUAAAGAUUAAGGGCAGAUCAUGUUUCACUGGUAUAUAUGGCUAUAGCUUUCACUAAAGUCUGUUUUGUUUGUAUUUCAGUUAUGUAAAUGUAAUCCAAUGUUUAAAAAAAAGAAAAAAGGUAAAAGAAAAACCUAAACCAUAAAAAAAAAACAAUAGUUUGUAUUACAUCUGUAUUACACCCUUCCUGUAGUCAGUGUCAAUAUUUUCACCUAUUUGAUUAAAUGUUGAAUUAAGUUGUUAUGUGUCGUUCUCUGACAUUGGGUUUGGCAUCGUGUUAGAUGAUCCUUCUGUCAUCACUGGUUAAGAGUGGAAAUUUGGAAGAACUGAUUGAUCUUUAGUUAAAACAUCUUACACAAUAAAGUUUCCUGUUUUUUCAACACUCAGCUA